AGUCCAAGGUGGUAAGCACCGGCACCACCUGAGGAAACGCACCCCCUCUUUCCAUCUCCUUCCCUUCCAAGCCUCCGCCUCCGCCUCCGCCUCCGCCUCCUAAAAUCUCAAUCGCCUCCCCGUUUCCUCCGACCUCCGCCGCCCCCACCGGAUUCUCCGCGACUAGUUCCUCGGCCUAAUCUCGAAGGGAUUCCGGAAUCACCCGUCGCGAUCUCGCAUUAAGGGUCAGUAAAGGAACCUGCAUUGUGUGAUUGAUUCGGCACCUUCUGUCAAUAGCUGCCCAUUUUGUUCGGCUGAUUAUCGUGUUUCUGACAUGGAGGGAUCACAGAGUAGUGAGGAAGCUUCAAGGUUCAGAGCUUUUGGCAACGGUGUCUCUGGUGCUGCCCAGGAGAGUGCUGGUGACAGGGAGCUCCAUGAUGUGGGGAUUGCUUCUCAGGCUGCAGGGGCUUAUCUGAAUGGUAGAAGGUCAUUCCCUUCCGAGUUUUCCAUGUAUGACACAUCCGUGGAUGGAAGCAAUCAGCAUUUUCAGGGUUUGUCUCACAGUGGCAGUCUGCAUGAUGAGCAGUCCCUUGCAUCUGCUUUUGAGGGCAUGACUCUCAGUCUCCAGGCUCGUACAAAUGAUCUGCCUACCAGCCAUCACAAUGUGGGGCUGACAAAUGGACACUAUCCAUCUGGACAUCUGGAUGUUACCCUGAACCACAUGCCUGCGACACGCCAAGAUGAUUCUCUGCCUCUACAGUUUAGUGCAGCACAUGACAAGCAAAAUUCUGAUAUUGAACACCGAGAACAUGGUUAUGGGUUUCCACCGCACUUGGGGAAAUUUUCAAGAACUUCUGCGCUGCAAAGUUUCAAUAGCAAUUUUGGUGUUACUUACCACCCAUCAACUGCAUCUGCUUCACCCUUCCAGCAACAAUGUUAUGUUGAUGGGCAAUCUCAGAUGUACAGGCCCAAUGAUCAGAAUGUUAGCUCAAACUUCAUAUGGCCGCAUGAUAUCGGUGUACAACCAUACUCUAUUAUCCAACCACAUUAUGUCUGUCCACAAAUGCAACAAGUUUCUGGUUUUGAUGUUUAUCAACAUAGAAGCAAUGAGCAUGCUGCAGUUUGCACUCCUGCAAAUGUCCCAUCCUCGCAUAUUGGAACACCAAAUUCUCAUGGGCUGGAAAAUGGGUAUCCUUACUUCAAUGUUGCUGCUUUUCAGAAGAGGUAUAGUAACCGGCUGAAUAAUGCAUUCACAGAUGGCUUCCCCAGUACAUCUUACUCUGAAAGUUCAUGUGGCAGUGGUGAUUUUCGCCAUUUUCAGCAAGCUGAAAGGUUUUUCCGUCCAUCUGGACAAGGUUUUUCGCAUCAUCAGCAAACAGAUAACCUAGUUCAUUCAUAUGGACUAGGUUUGUCGCACCAUCAGACAUCUGGUAGAUUCAACAUAGUAAGUUAUCCAGAAAGGACCCUGCCCAGUCAUGAUGUUGGAAAUUCAACUGGAGUUAUCAAGUUUUCUCCCUCAGUUAAUGGCUAUGCUGAUAUGGAUCACAGGAUUAAUGGUUAUGGUCAUGACCAUCUUGGCAUUCAGAGUAAUAAUCCCAUGCUCCAGUUAUUGUCCCCAAAAACUGAGCUGACAGUUGAUGAAGUUGUUGGAAGAAUAUGUAUCCUGGCAAAGGAUCAGAAUGCCUGCCACUUUCUGCUGAAAAUGUUAACAGAAGGCACUCAAGAGGAUGCUGAUAAAGUCUUCUAUGAAAUAAUUGAUCAUAUUGGUGAACUUAUUGUGGAUCCAGUUGCCAACUGUUUGGUGCAGAAGAUUCUUGGAAUCAAUGACCGAAGGAUGUGCAUAAUUUGUGAAAUCACCAAAGCACCUGCAGAGCUUAUUAAAGUUUGUUGCAACCCGCAUGGGACUCGUGUAAUGCAAAAGGUCAUAGAGACUAUAAAUACCACAGAGGCUUCGAUGGUUGUGACUGCAUUGAGCCACGGAAUAGUGCGUUUGAUGACAGAUACUAAUGGAAACCAUGUUGUGAACCGCUGCUUGGAUACAUUCUUACCUGAGCACAGGGCGUUCAUUAUUGAGGCUGCUGCAUCACGCUAUCUUCAACUAGCAAGGGAUCGUCAUGGCUGUUGUGUCCUUCAGAAAUGUAUUGAACAUUCAAAUGACGAACAGAGGAACGAUUUGUUGAGCAAGAUUACAUCCAGUGCCCUUAGGCUUUCAGAAGAUCAGUAUGGGAACUAUGUUAUUCAGUUUAUUCUUGGCCUCAAAAUUGAAUGGGCAACAGCCAGAGUAGUGGAUGAGCUGGCGGGUCACAUUGGACAUUUGUCUAUGCAAAAGAGCGGUAGCCACGUUGUGGAGCAUUGCAUAAUGCAGGCACCACAGCUGAUGUCUGAUAGGAUUGUCAACGAACUCAAGAAUGAUCCUCGAUUGCUGCAGAUCAUAAUUCAUGAGUAUGGGAACUAUGUGAUUCAAACAGUACUUAGACAUUGCCAGCAGGGUGAACGGCAUGUUGCCUUUGUCGAAGCUAUCAGACCGCACGCUGCUACACUGCGGAGCAACAUGUAUGGGAAGAGGGUUCUCUCAACGACAUACUUGAAGAACAAGCACCACCGAUUUGGCUUCUGUUAACCUGCCAUUUUUGCCAAAUGCAUCCUCAGGGACAGCCAGAAUCUUACAGAUAUAAUGUAUCUUCGCAAAAAAAUUGCUUGGGGGGGAGCAUUCACCCUCUUUAGUGUGUCCCAAUAUGUAGAACUAGUAGGGUUUCAUCUGGCUGUAAUGGUGAUUCGUUAUUUGCCAGGAUCGUUUUCAGUAUGUAGUUUAUUGUACCCCUGUCAAACUGUAGUAUCGGUAACAUCAUGUAAUGUGCUAGUUGUAUUAUCUGGUAAAAUUUAAAGUGGUAAAAUAUAUGUUGGUGUUGUGUUUU